AGCUUCCUGCCCCGCCCGGCCCUGGUGUGGUGUGAGCGUGGCAUCCAGGUGCUGCUGACCACCAUGGGAGCCUUCGCCGCCUUCGCCCUCAUGACCGUUGCCAUAGGAACGGACUACUGGCUGUACGCCCGUGCCUUCAUCUGCAACAGCACCGCCAACUCCACCCAGGACGACUCCAACUCCAACAAGGACAAGAAGGACCCCGGGGCCCUCACGCACUCUGGGCUCUGGAGGAUCUGCUGUCUGGAGGGUCUGAACCGUGGAGUGUGCUCACAGAUCAACCAUUUCCCUGAAGACGCAGACUAUGACCAGGAUGCAGCUGAAUACCUGCUCCGAGUGGUGCGGGCGUCCAGUAUCUUCCCCAUCCUUAGUGCCAUCUUGCUGCUGUUGGGGGGAGUGUGCGUCGCCUCCAGUGGAUUUUACAAAAGUAAAAGAAACAUCAUCCUGGGAGGAGGGAUCCUGUUUGUGGCUGCAGGUCUGAGUAACAUCAUCGGUGUGAUCGUGUACAUCUCUGCCGCCCUGAGUGACAUUUCUCCCAAAAAAGAUGAGGACAAAAAGUGGCACUACUCUUACGGCUGGUCCUUCUACUUCGGUGGUCUCUCCUUCAUCCUGGCUGAGAUGGUUGGAGUGUUAGCCGUCAACAUUUACAUCGAGAAGAACAAGGAACUUCGCUGCCGAUCUCGCACGGACCUGUUCAAAAGCACCACCCACGCCGUCCUCCGCCUCCCCAGCUACCGGUUCAGACGGCGUUCCCGAUCCAGCUCCCGCUCUACAGAUCCUCCACGUUCCCAAGAAAAUUCGCCGAUUGGAGCUUCGAAAUCUUUCAACCUGCCUCCUUCCGCACCGCCAUUUUCAGUCGCGACCCUUCCCAAUCCGCACCACAGCUCCAGCGCAGGAAGCGGAGGCGAUAUUUCCAUGUAUACCUUAUCUCGGGACUCCAAACUGGGCGCUCCCCCGCUUUACGGCACGGUGGACAGGGCGACGCUGUACCAACUCCACAACUACUUCCCCAAAGAUUCGACCGGAGGCAGCGCUGGGGGAGGAGGAGGGGGAGGAGCCAUAAACAGCGGGACUCUUCCUUCCCAUUCCAAGUCAAACCUAGCGACGGCAGCGGCUCAGAACACGGCGCCGCUCAACACGUCCACGGCGACGUCCGGGACCACCCAGCAGCCCCCGGUUUCCACGGCGACCAUGGAGCGAGACCGCGGCAACGUCGGAACGCUGGAUCGGCUCACGGCCAAACGGGAUCGCGACAGCAACUCGGAUACGCUCAACAGGAAGACCACCCCAGUGUGA